CUAACACCUACGAUCUAUCUAAGCUCCCAAAAUUCCUCCAGCCUCGGCACUUCAAGCCCCAAAUGAAGCUGAGCUGAAUGAAUUAUCAGGCUACCGAUGACUUUCGAUUGGAAGCAAAACAUGAAGGGAUUCUUUGCUUACGUUAUCGAUUUCCGUAGGUUGAGUAUGUUCCGAGUUUCUGCUAAGACCAUGAGCUAACACUCAAAAUGCGGCGUCCAACAACCUUGCUGAUCUGACAGCUCGCGGUCAUGGCCCCAUCAACCCAGGAAGAAUAACACUACGCCACCAGUCAUCCAUGCCCGUGACCCGCCUUUCUUUGAAUUGAGCGUUUCUCCCAGCUCGCUCAAACUCUACCAUCCCCCUCGUCGUUGUUUUCUGUAUUCGAAAGCUGGGCUCCACCCGUGGAUUUGUUGCUCCUCCUAUUCCAAGACGACCCACUUGACUCUUUGGUUUGUACAGUCUUCCACUUUUGCUGAGAUGCAGAACCUUUAAUAUGAACUGAGCUGCUGUAGCGUGGUAGGGCUGAGAGACAUUGAUGGUUUAAGGCCUCGAAAGUUAAAACCCUAGCCUGAGUCGUAGUUCCGGAAUUCCACCCUGAGCUUCGAGAAGUAGAGGCGUUUUCUCGAUUUUUAGAGCGCUGAAUUUCUUUUCAAUACGGAAGCAGUGGAAAAAUAAGCAGUGCUGUGAAGAUGAGGUUAGAUGGGAGAGGGCAGAGAUUGGCCGUAUGGGGUGUGGCUGCGUUUAUCUUCGCUGUUCUUAUGAUCGUUACUCCAAAAAUUCCUCAAGAUCAAAAGUAUCAUCAGUUUGCUGACAGGCGGAAUUUCUUCGGUAUACCGAACACGCUGAAUGUUGUGUCCAACUUCCCUUUCUUGGUCAUCGGCAUUGUAGGCUUAGUUCUCACGCUUCAUGGCAAUAGCUUCGGAUUGAGUUUGCAGGGUGAAUUGCUGGGGUGGUCAAUCUUUUUCCUUGGGGUCACAGCCACUGCUUUCGGGUCAGCAUACUAUCAUCUGAAGCCCAACGAUGCGCGCCUCGUCUGGGACCGUCUUCCUAUGACCGUUGCUUUCGCCUCAGUAAUGGCAGUGUUUAUCAUCGAGCGAAUUGAUGAGGCCACUGGAAAAGCGUCCAUCUUUCCCCUUCUUACUGCUGGGGCAGGUAGUGUGGCAUACUGGCGGUUUGCAAAUGAUUUGCGGCUUUAUGCGAUAGUUCAAUUUGUGCCAUGCUUUGCUAUUCCCGCUAUGGCCAUUCUGCUGCCGCCCAAAUAUUCCCACUCCCAUUACUGGCUUUGGGCUGCAGGCUGGUAUCUACUAGCAAAAAUUCAAGAGGCGUUGGACAUGAAGUUUUACAGGUGGACUUACUUCAUAGUGAGUGGCCACACUCUGAAGCAUCUGAGUGCGGCCAUGGUUCCAGUGGUUACUAUCGUCAUGCUCUAUUGUCGUAAUGUGCGCAUAGAAAGGCAAAGUUUACUUGAUAAAUGGCGACAUCAGGCGAGGGGGACCACUAGUGUAAGCGGGAGUGGAAGUACCAUUUCACAGAGAUGGAAAGCAUAUUGGAGCGGAAGGUCUUCGAGUUCCAAUCUGCACGAUGAAACUGAAUCUCUUGUUCGGGCAUGACUGGCAGGUAGUUCGCCUGAGCGUCUGUAUGGUUUGUACAUUCGUCUCAUGGAUCUUAUGUCUGAGGCAAUUGUGUUAAGAUCUCAAUUGUAGUCUAGCAGAUGCGGAACACAGUUCAUCGUUUGAUCACAAUUUGACACAAGGAAAACUUGUGGCAUUGAGAUGAAAACUAGGACAAUCUGGCCUUUUGACUUCAAGGAUGUGAAUUUGCUAUUACUUGUCACCCAACCGCUGUCCUUCAAUUUUUGUAGAUUAUUGAUCUUCAUCUUUCCAAAUAUCUCUUCAAUCAUGAACCAAGAUGGAAUUCAAAUUUCGCUAGAUAAGACCAAAACAUUAUAUAUCCCUUGCAUCCAAUUAUUGGAGCUAGUUUGAGUAAACGAAGCGGAUUGUAUGUAAUAGAAUCCAUAAAUGAUACGAUAGUCUUUGAAUUGGCAACUAUACUUCAUCACUGUGAUGAGAAUUCUCUUGUAAAAGAAAAUCAUUGCAUAUGCAGUACUUGCAGAGGAUUGAAUAGUAAUAAAGUUCAUGAAAUCCUGGUCUA